AUGAAGGCCUGUCAUCCCAUCUUCUUCGCUCUAUUCGCCCUUGCAGCUGGAGAAGCGCUUUCGCCUAAUGCCGUUCCCGUCAUGUGUGCCGCCAUCUGCGGGCCAAUCGUUGAGCUGAGUUCGAUGUGUAGCCCAAAGAGGUCUUUGGGAGGAUUAGAAAACGAUCGAUCAGAUCUAAGGGAGCACCUCAGACAGGCCAAGAGGCAAAACGGAAAACAAUUGGACGAGAGAGAUGAAAUCGAGAAGCGCUUUUCAAUCAUCGUCCCAGCGCCAACAUCAUUUCCUUCCGAUCUGCUAGUCGACCAAUAUCCGCCCACAUCAAUAUUGCCGUCGCAGUCUUCAGCACCUGUUCCUCCACAAUAUUACUCUCCUCCUGUUCAGCCUCCACCAGCUCCAGCCCCAACUCUUCCAACUACACCUAAUUACUUACCUUCGUCAACUAUCCUCCCAGCAUCUCAAUCUCCUUCGACAUCUACAACAUGGAGAAUUCAGCCCUCCUUCACUUCCGCUGCGAUUAAAACAGGAAAGAGUCUACCCACAACUUCUAAACAACAAACAUCGCUCCGCCCGACCAUAAUAGGCUCUACUGGAGACGAUGGCGAUAUGACUGGAGGAUGGGGGGAGACAGAAAACGCAGAGGAAAAGUGCGUGUGUUUAAAUACUAGCUUUAAUGUGGCAGAGAUUGCUGGGUUGUGCGCGAGUUGCAUAAGUAUGAUUGCGGAUACGCAAAACGAUAUGGAGGUUAUCAUGUCCGUAUGCGACUUUCCACCACAGCAAUACAGUCCGGACAAGGAUAGCUUGGCGAGCAACAUAUGGGUCAAGGCUGCCAGGCCGACAGCUACAAGCAAGUCGAAUGGAGCGUCUCAGCCAACCGGGUCUGUGAGCAUGGGGUCAAUGUUUGGUGCUGUAAGCUUCGCCAUCGCGGCGUUAAUGAUGCUAUGA